CACUAAUGUCUAUUUUAAAUACAGUAUCUCAUCUGAAAUUCGUAUGGAGUUAGUAUACGAGAUUUAUGAAGUUAUAUUUAGAAUGAAACUAACUCAAAAAGAGAUUAGGUUUAUGUGGAUACCAGCUCAUAAAGAUAUAGCAGGAAAUGAAAUGGUAGAUCAUUUAGCUAAGGUGUCCUUAAAACAAAGUAGAAUUAUGGAGAUAAAGUAUUGUAAGUCUGAAAUAAAUUCAAUUAUUAAGAGCAAAAUUAAAUCUGAAUGGCAACAAUUGUGGGAAGAAGGAACUAAAGGUCAUCAUUUAUUUCAUAUACAAAAGAAUGUAGGGAAUAUGGAAAUAAUAGGAGAAAAUCGAAAAGAGCAAGUAGUAAUGAAAAGAUUGUGCCUUGGACAUACUGGAUUAAAUAAAACUUUACAUUUGAUUGGUAAAAAUCCAACAGGUAGAUGUGAGUGUGGUAUGGAUAUGGAAACAGUAGAACAUGUAAUAAUUAAUUGUGGAAAAUAUACAGCAAGUAGAGAGAAGCUAAAACAAUAAAUUAGGAAAUAUGAUAUAGAGAAAUUUAAACUUAAUAAGAUAUUAAUUAAACACAAAAUAAAUAAAGCGGUUAUUACAAUUUAGAUUGGGGGAGAUGCUGUCGUACACACUCCAGCCAGUAGAUGGCGAUAAUACAUAUUAACGUUAGAUGUCACCCGCCGCUAAAAAUCACAAGCAAGAAGAAGAAGGACCUUUCUGCUUCCGAAUCUGCUUGGUGAAGGUAAGAAGUGUUUGUGUUCUGUCCAUAAAAUAUACUAUUUCAAUAUUUAAUUUAAUUACUAUAUUAUUAGAACUGCUUACAGCUGUUAAAUGUAAUGUGUUCCUUAAGAAAUGUGAUAGAUUUUAAAAGUUUGACUGCUGUGGAAUAUGUUGUUGUGGCUCUGAUAGCGUAGCUGCUAGCUUGAUGGAAUAUUUUUUCCACGACAAAAACCGGAACCACAAUUUGUUCACAUGUUAGCAAUUUGCUAACUGGCUUUCGUGAAAGCUGUUAGACUAUAAAAUCUCUGUUAACAUCCAGGUCAUCAGCUGAAAUAAGGCAAUGUUGUUUUACCUCAACCUAGAGCUAUUGUGACUUGCAGAAAUGGCCACAAAUAACCCGAAAUAGCAUAUUAAGCUAAUUCACUGACUCAGUUGCUUCGGAUACAGAUCCUCUCAGCUGCCGUCUUGUGCCGACAGUGAAAAACAGCAGAACUACAUAAUAUUAGCUUGGUAUGAUGUAAAUUAUAAUUUAGAGAACACAAAAUGCUUUAUGUGUACUACUGUGAUUGUAUGGACAAAAAGCGACCUUAAGAAAACCCGCAGCCGCAGAAACUGAGUCAGUGAAGUAGCUAACUAUGCUAGCUCAAGUUAUUUGCGGUCAUUUCUUCAAGUUGCCAUCCCUCCCCGAAUAACUGUGGUGUGUGAUAAAACAGUAUUGCCACAUAUUGCUACGUUUAAGCUGUGAAAGGUCCCACACAUUUUGUAGUGUAACACUCUGAAGAAAGCCAGUUAGCAAGUUGUUAACAUGUAAACACAUGUGCGCGGAAGUAACGCCUAUAAAUCACACAAAGCAUCAUGGGAGCUAGAAAUUUGCUGGAAAGAAAAUGUUUUAGACCCACAGGAAGCUAAUUAAGUGCUGCAGUGUUUUUAAGUCUCGUAAUUUUGUUCGUAUCUUCAGAUAUGACAUCUCUGUUUUUUUAAGUAUAUUUUUAACCAAGUUGUAAAGUGUACUUAUGUUUGCACCAGUUGUGAAAAAUAUAUUGGCCUUGUUUAGAAACCUUAGAACAGUUUUAACUUUAUUCUUGUAUUUCAGAAAAAAAAUAUUAACCUAUUUUGAAAAUGUAUAUAUAUUUUUACGGUCCUUUUUUAAUUGAAAUGUAUUUUGCUUGUAUUUACAGCUUCUCUCUUCUGCGAGACUUUGUGAUUUGGACGUUUUCCACUGCUGCCUGCUACGCAUCUCACCUCUGCAUCAUCACACCAUCUUAUUAAUUCACUUAUACUGAUACCUGUUGAUCCUACAGAGAUAUAUUUUAUUUAGAUAUUAAGAAAAGCACAUAGUAACAUUGAGUUAAAAGCAUUCACAAACACAUUUAAUAUUGUUUGAAUAACCAACUCCCCCCCCCCCCCAGGUUUCUUCUUUUUUUUCAUUCUGCUGUUACAGAAUGCCACGUAGAGGACGACGCUCUGAGGCAGCUAAGGUGAGAUGGAGGAAGCUGGAGAUUGUGCCGGUCGACGCAAAGGCUGGGACACCAUCACUCACAACCAGCGCUUGGAACCCGACUCGGUCUCCGCCAAAGAAGAUCUCCCCACUGCUGGAGGGUGGCCUGCCCGACCAGAUGUUGCCUCCAGUGGUGCGUCAGGAGGAGCCCCGUGUGCCACCGACCUCUCCUGGGUCACGCCGUGGGACGGGGCGACGCCAUCGGGUGGAGACGUGGCCAGCCUCCCGGGUGACCAGACGGAGCUGCAAGUUGGUUCUGCCUACUGCCGGGGCUCUGGAGAAGAAGUUUGCUCUUUUGGUUGGUGAUUCCCAUCUGCGUGCUAUUGUGGAUGGGUAUUCUACCAUGCCAAAGGGCGACUUCUCCUUAGGGGUGCUUGCAUCCCCCGGUGCCUCUGCGGAAGAGUUGCAGCUUGAGGUGCUGGAUGCAGUUCUGCCUCGGCCCCCCGAGGUGAUCUGUCUUCUGGCCCCAAGUAACAACUUAACCGCCAGCAGGACCUUCAUGGAGGCCGGAGCGGCGUUUGACGCUUUGUUGAGUACCGUCUGCAACCUCUCUGCUAAUGUGGUCGUUGUGGACUUUCCACCGCGCCUUUGCGUGGAGGACAGUGUGCAACAGCUGCUGCGGCAGGAGUUUCAACGUGUGGCUGCUCUGAGAACUGUUCAGUACUUGCCUGUCACUGAACACUUCCCGUUGAGCAACCUGGCCUUGUGGAGCAGGGAUGGCGUUCACCUGAGCGACCAUCCUGGGAUGGAGGUCCUUGCUCAGUUGCUUGAGGCGGCGGUCUGCUCGCAACUUGAGUUAAGUGCACCGAAAUCUCCUGCUCCUGUGAUGUUGGCUCCUCCCCCCCUUGGGACGGCUUCCCCCCCCCCGGUGAGACGUCCCCUGCCCCAGCUGGUUGUGGUUAGCGAGGUGGCUGCUCCGCGUCGUUCAGAGUCCUCCGCCUGGACUGUGGUUGGUGGUGGUCGGAAGGGAGACCUGCUGGACUCUUCCAUCCCCCUGAAUCCUGUGUGCUUCAGCCCAGCGUUGCUGGAGGAGAUGGAUCGGAUCGUUCCUGCGUCUGGCCUUGAAACUACGCUACCUACAUGUUCUCCGAAGGGGAAAAAGAAGGCGAGUUCGAGGCGUCAUGCAAUUUCCGAUCCCUCCCAGCUGAAUCCAGUGGAGCAGCAGAUGGAGGGAGCGCCGAGAGAGACCAACAGCAAAGCUCGUCGCCAGGCACAGGGUUCGGUUCCCCUGAUGGACAUCCAGGCCAAGUCCUCUUCCGUGGCACAGGAGGACCAUUUUCAGGAUGGGAGCUGCAAGGCUUCUGCGCUGGAACCCAGGAUCAGCGGUCCACCUGUCCUGUUGGUAAGUGCUACACAUUCCCAGGCCGACAAGAGGUAUGCUGCAUUUUCCCGUAAUCACCAGUGCACAUGCAUGGCACUCACAUUUUUAGCUUACCACAAUGAGGGGUUGCAGUUUGAUGCUGUGAUGCUUGAUAGAGUGAUUGAAAAAGGAGACCAACUUUAUUCCGGCGUUAAACAGCAACUGAUCAGUGAUGGAACAUUUCGUGACAAUCACUUGACGUUUGAACAGAUGCCUGACCAUGUACUGACAGAUAGGAACAUCUAUGCAGUACACACAACUGGUUUACAGGUAGGUCAUGUUUUUGCUCGUAGCAGGAGCCCUGAAGGAUCUAGACGAUUGGGUUUGCAUCUUGCCCUGCAACUGGAAUGUCUGUCGGAAAAUGUCACCCAUGCUUUCCUUUUGGUGACUCCAGAGUGCAUUGCAGUUUUCAGGGACAGAAGCGGUCGGUUUGGAGUUUUUGAUUCCCACUCAAGAAAUUCAGCAGGCCUGCCCCACCCCAGUGGAACUGCAGUAAUGAUGACUUUCUGCAACCUGUCUGACAUGGUCAGCCAUCUACUGAAGCUCUUUCGAAAUCGCGGCCCCAAUGCCACCUAUGAGUUUGUGCCAGUAGGUUUUGAAAGGGAAAAUGAAGAUCAUCCUCAGAAGUCGACUUUUCAGAACAUUUCACCUGUAGCCACACAGGUAAGUCCAACUGCUUUGAAAUCAGAGAGUCCGUCUGAUGACGAAAUGCCUCCUUGGCUUAGGGAAGUUGCAAACGUAUUAGAGGAGAGACCUCCAACUGUUACAAAUUUGUCAAAAGUGCCAAAAGCUAAUAGAAGAAAAAUUAAAAACAGGAUCAAAACACAACAGAGACAGAAUGUAGGACGUAAAAUGAAACAAAGUUCAUCUGAAAAAGAAAGAUAUCUGACAUCUCCAACAUUUAGGACCAAAAAGCUGCAGGCCUUAAAAGAACAAUACAUUCUUCAUCAAGUACAGAGGAAGGAUCAGUUAAAUAAUAGAUAUAGGACAGAUGCAUCUUUCCGAAAGAGACGAAUAAAUUACAUUAAGGACAGAUUCAAUUUUGUACGUAGCUUCAGAGACAGUCAUAAAGCGCAGAUGGCCGAGUAUAUGAGGAAACGAUUCAGAGAUGAUCCGGUCUUUACAAGCAGAAAAAAAUCAUACAUCAGGAAUCGAUACAGAGACGAUCCGGUCUUUAGAAGCAAACAAAAAUCAUACAUCAGGAAUCGAUACAGAGACGAUCCGCUCUUUAGAAGCAGACAAAAAUCAUACAUCAGGAAUCAAUUCAGAAACGAUCCAGUUUUCAGAAGCAAACAGAAAAAAACAAUGCGUGAAUCUAUGAAGGAGAAGUAUCAUAGUGAGCCUGGUUAUCGAGUAAAACAUAAUGAAAAAUGUGUUGCCAACAGAAGAGGCAGACUAUCUAGACAAGCACUUUCCAAAAAUUUAACACUGCAGCAUGCUUCGCGAAUCAGAAGGAAAUACAAAAGAAAUGUAGGCUUCCACCUUCAAACUCCACACCCUCUGAUGACUGACGAAAUGAAAGCUGCAAUACAAAACUUUUAUAAGAACAUUCAAAACGGACCCACAUAUGUUUGCACCGUGUGUCACAGAGCUCUUUUCCCCAGUCAAGUGAAGCAGUGUAAACGAGAUAAGUAUAACAAGAAUAUGCGUGUAGUAGCUGAUUGUCUAACAGGUACAUAUGUUCAUGUGUGUGGAUCUGCAUGCUCAACCCCAUGUUCUGUACCUCAAGAGAGGAUGGGGGAGUGGAUCUGCUACACGUGUGACAGCAGUCUAACCAGAGGAAAGAUGCCAUCGAUUGCUGCUGCCAAUAACCUUCACCUAGCUUCCGUUCCCAUAGAGCUUGCGGAAUUGAAUGUAAUUGAACGGCAAUUAAUUGCAAAAAUUCUACCUUUUGCAAAAAUUGUUUCCUUGCCCAAGGGACAGCAAAGGGCAAUACAUGGAGCAGUUGUCUGUGUUCCUUCUGACAUGGAAACAGUUGUAAACAGUCUUCCGAGGCCCCGUGAGGAAGCCCAGCUUUUACAGGUGAAGCUGAAGAGAAAAACCAAGUACAAAGGUUACCAAUACUUUUACACGGUCAACAUGAAAAAUGUCUUAGCUGCACUGAGAAAGCUUAAAGAGAGUCAUCCAGAUUACACAGACAUAAGUAUAAAUGAAAGUGCCACAUUUGAGGGUUUCCAAGAGGAUCAGCCAGUUGAGGACUCAGAAGCAGAGGAGGCUGCAAUGGAUGCAGCCGCAGACCACCAACCUGACCACAUAGGGGCAGAGCAUCAGGCACUUCGACCUGGUCUGAUCUUGGACACCUGCAUGCAGCCUCCUGACAUAGCACAGGAAGUAUUGUCAUAUGGAGAAGGGAUUUUCAGCAUUGCGCCGGCUCAGGGAAAUAAACCCAUCUCCUUCUUCAGUGUUCCAAGACUUGAAGCAAAUGCUUAUCCCAUACAUUUCCCAACUGGAAUAAACACAUUAGAUGAAGCCCGCCGUGUUGCACUUUCACCGAGUAUGUAUUUCAAUGUACGGCUUUUCUCAAUAGAUACUCGGUUUGCCAAAGACCACAGUUACCUUUUCUUUGCUCAGUUUGUUACGGAAACUCAUAUUGCCAAUAAUAGUAUGUCCAUUCAGAGAAGAAAAGGGAAACCAAGCACCAAAGAUGGGAAAAAUAUUUCCAGCAAAAUGCUGCAGGAUAAAGAGGAGUUGGAAAAACUGAUCCAGAAUAAAGAGGCUACCCGCUUCAUGCAACCCUUAAGAGGAACUCCAGCUUAUUGGGAGAAAGGAUUACGUGAUUUGCACGCCAUGGUGAGGCAACUUGGAAAGCCCACUUUCUUUUGCACAUUCUCUGCUGCUGAAAUGAGAUGGCCAGAAGUCAUUGAGGCCGUCAAAAGUCAACAUGGCGAGCAGGUACAUUUUUCUGAGCUUGACUGGAAUGCAAAGUGUGACAUUCUUAGAAGCAACCCUGUCACCGUCAUGCGCAUGUUUGAAAAGAGAGUGGAUGCACUGUUUAGAGACCUCAUUCUUUCCCCUGCACAGCCCAUUGGACCAGUUGAAGAUUACUUUUAUCGUGUGGAAUUUCAGGCAAGGGGUUCACCACACAUACAUGCCGUGAUAUGGAUUAAGGAUGCACCUGAAAUGGAAGACCCCUCAUGUUGCGGUGAAGUCAUAAAGUUCAUCGAUCGUUACAUAUCCUGUCAGUUGCCUGAUGAAACCAGAGAUCCAGAGCUUCACAAAAUAGUCACAGACGUUCAAAUGCACAGCAAAAAGCACUCAAAAUCAUGCAAAAAAGGUAAUGUUGAAUGCAGAUUUGGAUUCCCCAAACUACCAAUGGAGCACACCAGAAUAACCGUCCCUGUAAUUGACUUUGAUCACGAAAAUGACGACGAAAAAGCAACGCAAGUUAAGCAAAAAGGUAGGAGAAAGUCCAAAAAAUCGAGAUCACCAUUUGUCUCAAACCUACAAAGAGAGGCUAAGAAGACACUGAAACCAAUUAGGGAUUUACUGAAGGAUGAAAAAUCAUCGUUCAGGGAUUUGGCAGAGUUACUCCAGGCUUGUAAUAUGACCAAAGUAGAGUACAAUGGCCAUGUUGAUGCUCUCACUUCUGGAAUGGUGGUAAUCAUGAAACGGGAUCCUAAAGAUAGCUGGGUCAAUGGCUAUAACCCCGAUCUCCUUCGUGCAUGGAAUGCUAACAUGGACAUUCAGUAUGUGCUUGAUGAAUACAGCUGCAUUGAGUACAUGAUGUCCUACAUAGCCAAGCCAGAGCAUGAAAUGGCGCAGUACCUCAAGUCUGUUGUAGAUGAUUUAAAGAGAGCGAAUGUUAGCGAACGCGAUGAGAUGAAAAAGAUCAUGCAGGCUUAUUCAAAACAGAGAGAGGUUAGUGCUCAAGAAUCCGUUGCACGCACUUGUAGCCUACCUCUCAAAAAGUCCUCUCGUAGUGUCCUUUUUCUUCAAACAGAUGAAGACGGUGUAAAAAUGAGCCUUCCGAUGAGUCAACUCGUAAACAUGUCCCCAGAUGAAGAGAAUGUGUGGAUGACAGGAUUGCCGGAAAAAUAUCUCAACAGGCCAGUAACAUUAGAAUUCGAACACAUGUGCCUUGCAGAAUUUGCGUCAGAAUAUCGAGUUCUAUAUGGUAGGCAAAUUAAAGGGUCAAAUGCAAUUCCCCUCCUUAAUGAUGCAGGAUACAUCCAGAAAAGAACUAUGGGCAAACCUGCAGUUAUUAGAUUUACUCGUUUUUCAGAGAAAAAAAACCCCGAAAAGUUUUACAGACGGCUUCUGAAGUUGUAUUUUCCUCACAGAAGAGAUGACGACCUUAAAAAUGAGGAACACACAACCUACGAAGCCUUUUACAACAACGGUUUACGUGGUAGAUAUCAGGUUAAACAGUAUGUGGAUUUCAAUUGCAAAAGGUAUGAAGGGCAAGGUAAGAAAAUUGAUAAGAUUAUGGAAAAUCUGACAAAGGAAGGACCGGUUCGUAAUGCGUGGAACACUUUUGCACCCGAGGUUGAGGUAGACCGUUUAGAAUGCGCUGCUGAGCGACCACCAUUGCAAGAAGAUGAAGAGCAAGACCCUAUUCCAGAUUAUGAAAUUGAUGUCAACACUGUAGACAUGCCAAAAAUUGAAGCUCCUAAAUUGAGCUCUGAUUUCAUCAGAAAAAUGUACAGGAGUUUAAAUGAGAGUCAAGCGUCCGUGUUUUACGCCAUUCGCGAUUGGUGUCUGAACCGCGUCUGGGGUGACAACCCAGAACCGUUCUUUUAUUUCUUGACGGGAGGAGCCGGCUGUGGUAAAUCUCAUGUCAUCAAAUGUGUUUACCAGGAGGCAACCAAGCUCUUGCGCCAGCUUCCGAGACUUCUUGAUAUUGGUGACAUGUCCAAGCCCACUGUGCUCCUCACAGCUUUUACUGGUACUGCAGCGUACAACAUAUCAGGGAAGACUUUACAUUCCAUCUUGAAACUACCCAAAAGUUUAAAACCACCAUACAAGGGACUUGGAAAUUCAUUGGAUGAAGUGAGGGCAGUUCUUUCUAAUGUAGAAAUCUUAAUCGUCGAUGAAAUCUCCAUGGUCUCCAAAGACCUACUUGCAUAUGUUGACUGGAGAUUUCAACAAAUCAAGGGGAACAACAGAUUCAUGGGUGGGGUCUCUGUUUUGGCUGUGGGGGACUUCUUCCAACUUCCUCCUGUUGGACGAUCAAAACCGCUUUGUGUUGCCGAGGAUGGCGUGCUUGAUAUCUGGAAUGAGAAUUUCCAGAUGAUCAGCCUGACAGAAAUCAUGCGGCAGAAAGAUGACCGAGCGUUUGCAGAGCUCUUGAACCGGAUUCGAGUUAAAGGUAAAGCCUAUUCGCUUGGUGAGGAUGACAAGGCUCUUUUGAUCCAAGCUGUUACUGACCCCAAAGAGUGUCCAAUGGAUGUUCUGCACAUUUUUGCAACAAACAAACAGGUGGACACCCAUAAUGCAACAGUUGUGGCCUCUUUAGGUGUAGUAACAGUUGAUAUCGAGGCAGAGGACUACAAAAGGAUUACAAAGACAGGAAACAUGAUUAAUCUGGGCUGUUGCAUAGCGGGCAACAAACGAGACUUGUCUAACAACAUACAGGUUGGUUUGGGUUUUAGGGUAAUGAUUAUAAGAAACUUGGAUGUAGAGGAUGGUCUCGUUAAUGGAACAUUUGGCACCAUUGCAGAUAUUGUCACCAGUACGAAAGAUGGAAAGAGUAGUGUAAAGUUAAUUGGACUCAAACUGGACAAUGCCCUCGCUGGCCACACAAAAAAGAUUCAGGGUAAACCAGAUGGCUUUGUUUACAUUGAGAGAUUUGAGGAACAGAGUAGCGUAAAGGGAGUGGUACGACGGCAAUUUCCAAUCAGGUUAGCCUUUGGGUGUACGGCACACAAGGUCCAAGGUAUGACCAUGAAGUCUGCGGUCAUUUCUUUGAAGCGUAUUUUUGAACCUGGAAUGGCAUAUGUGGCCCUCAGUCGCACAACUUCCCUGGAAGGACUUAAAAUCAUUGAUUUCGAUGAAAGUAAAAUCUACGCUGACGAAAAUAUCAGAGCAGCUAUGGAAUCAAUGAGACCAGCAUCGUUUUUGCACACCAGACCACUCUUGCAUUUUAAGUCUGGUGAUAAAGGUGAAACAUUAACAAUUGUCCACCACAAUGUCGAAGGUCUUGUCUGUCACUCUGAGGACAUGAAACAACAUCAUGAACUUAUGCUGGCAGAUGUCUUAUGCCUAACAGAGACUCAUUUAUUUGGAUCUUCUGUUCCUGCUUCUUGCCAAAUGGAGGGCUAUUCUUUCUUUUCACGGAACAGACAUGUCUCCUACUCAAAUAGAGUCGACAUUGCUAAAAAAGAGGGUGGGGGAGUAGCGACCUACUGCCGGAGUCUUCUCCAACCGCAGGAACGUAGAUUCUUCAACCAGGUUACAGACCUUGAAUUCAACGUUGUCAAAGUGGACACCCCAAUCAGAGCCCUCAUUGCGACAGUUUACAGGCCACCAAGUUAUGAUCUUGGAACAUUUUUAAGAAAUCUGCAGAACCUCUUGGAUGGCCUGAAUUCAAUGGAUAUUCGGCCCGUUGUCAUAUUGGGAGACUUCAAUGAGGACCUUAUUGCUCCUGGGAAAAAAUCCAUUAAUGAGUUGUUUAGAGCGAAAGGCUUUAUGCAACUCAUCUCUGCUCCAACCACAGAAAAACGUACUCUCCUUGAUCACAUUUACAUCUCCAAUCCAGAAUACUGUGUCCACUCAGGUGUCUUGCAGGCUUACUACAGCUACCACAAUCCUAUAUACUGUGUGUUAGCUUCAGUAUAAGCUGCAUCUAUAGUGGCUUCCAAAAAUAGUUAUGUUCCUUGAAAUCUUCCUCAUCAUAAGGGGUAUUUUUCUUGAUCUUUUCUAUUAAAUUCCGAUGAAAUAUAUUUGUGGUUGUAAUGUAACAAUAUGGAACAGUUCAAGGGGAAUGAUUACUUUGUAAGCACUGUACAUCUUAAUCCUGAUUUCAUGAAAGGAGAUUCUUUUUGGAGAAAAUGUAAAGAUCUUGCAUCAUUUUAUCUGACUGUGGUUUCUUUUGUACAUGCAGCAAUCAGAAAGCAGUGUGGGUUGUUUUUCUCUAUCAUUGUUGCAAAGGGUUUGAUAUAUAUUUAUUCAUUGUAAAGAUUUGUGAAUUAUGGUAUAGCUUGUGGAUUUUGUUGUAGGAAUAAAAAUAUUCUUGUAUAGUUUGCAAAUCUUUUCAAUACUUAUUUAGUUCCGUAGAAAGUAGGCUUCAUAACCAGGGUUUGUAUGUGCCCAUGAAACUUUGUUUGAGGUUUGGGAAUACGAAAGUGGCUGAUCUUGAAACACUUAUCGGUUCUCUGUCAGAGUAGUUGCUGGAAAUAUUGGACCAGGAAGCAGUAGAUUAAACAAUCAGUUACUACACGUAUAUUCUGUUCUAUUUUGAAAUAACAAUUAUUUCAAAUUGUUCUUCAAUCUGGCCCUGAGCAUUUUCCUUAUUUUUCUAAUGCAGUUAGAGUAACUGUUACCCUUCGAAUAAGUUAAUUUUUUGCAAAACUCUUUUUUUUAUUCUUCACAAUUUGCGUCAUUCAAUUAAAGCUCUCCUUGUUUCAUCUCUCCCCAAUCACACUGCACUUUUUACUGCUGCAGCACCCUAGUGGUUACUUCACUAGAAGGACAAAAGUUGAACUCACUUUUGUCUUGUUGGACUCCCUCCACAUACUUAGAAUUUGUCUUGUUUUGAUGGAAUUAACCUCUUUUCUCCCAGUUUUAGUCUGUUUUUCCAGGUUGUUUUUGCAGGUUGUUCCAAACAAACAAUCCUUGGAGGCUGCUAAGAAGAGAGAGGAAACGAGACCUGGAGGUUUGGCGCAUGAGAGUUAGCAAAUUGCAGGACAACCCUUGCCUAGCUCAUGGACUUGGUCCCACACCCAAUCUGAGGAGAAGAUGGAGUUCCUGUUUCUUUAGAUAGUCUGUGAUGUGUCACACCAGAUUGGAUGCCUAAGAAGAAGUUGGGAAAAAUCAAAAAACUUUGGAGAAGCCAUUCUUUUUUGUUGUUGUUCUUUAUAGUUGUAAAUAGUUUUUGAUGUAUGUAUAUAUUUAAGAUGGUUUCAUUUAUUGUAUAGAGACUGCAAUAUGUUACAUUAGAUUAAUUUCAAAUAUGUUUUCAUGUAUGUAUAUAGUUAUAAAGGUUUCACAUUUAUAACAAGUGGAUCAUCAUGGCAAAGCCAUAAUGUUUCACUUGUGACAGUAAAUCUGUCGGGCCUCACCUUGACACUCAGGCAACAACCCUGAGUGCCACACGGCCGGACAGGACACAUGUAAAAUAAAAAAGAUA